AUGGCAGCUGUGGACCAGAGGCAGCUGCCAAUCUGGAAACACCCCACCACAAAUCUAACUGCAAAAUUUUCAAUUUUUAUUUUUCAUUUUUCAUUUUUAUUUUUUAUUUUUGUUUCAAAAAUUUCUAGGAAGAGAGAAAAUGAUGAGAGGGGCUUCAGGUUCAGGUUCAAGAUGGAGAUGUCUGCACUUUUUUCAUAUCAUCUUCCCCACCAUUUCUCUGCUACUCAUUUCAGGCUUGGCGGAUGACCCAUCAAAUUCCAAAGAUGUGACGAAAGCUGAGAGACAUGAUACCCAUGGUAACAAGAUCGGGAUUAGGAUAGUCAUUAUAUGCCUUGGCUUGGUGGCUGGUGCUGCAUUUUCUGUUUUCCUGUUCAAGAUAUGGCAAAAGAAAAAGAGAGAAGAGCAGCAUGCCCGUCUUUUAAAGCUUUUUGAAGAUGAUGAUGAGCUUGAAGUCGAACUUGGCAUUCGGGAUUGAGAUCCCCAAUCGGCAAACAUGGCAUUACCUAGACUGCCAAAGUUAGACCAUCAGCAUAUAAAGUCUACAAUAUGUUGUUUGUCUUGUAAUGAAUUGAACUGAAUGCAUAUGUCAUGUGAGUUAUGAUUAGUUUAUAUGAUCAACUUUUCUGCGACCUUUUUCGUGCCUCUGGAUUUUUGACAUUUUAAAGAGUUGUAUCAUCUUUUAUCUUUCUCUCUUCUACAAAAAGUCCUAGAAACUCACAAACCCUACUUGGUACAAAAGCAAGAAUCCUUGAUUAGAGAUUAGGAGCUUGCAGCCAAGCCUUUUUCCAUUUAUGAGAAUUGAUGUCAACAUUCUUAAAACUAACACCAGUGCUGUUUUAGUCAAUAAUUGUCAACUAACUUUGUUUUGCAUGUUUGAAAUUUCUUUACUAAUGUCCUUUCUCUAAGUAAUAUUGUGAAGGCCUUAAAAUUGUCGUGUUAACACUUUA